AUGGGGUCAGAGAACAUCCAGGUCUUCGACGACUCCCAGCUGAUAAUCAACCAGGUACAGGGAGAGUACCAAGCGAAAGAUGAUAGCAUGAUCCAGAAUCUGGCGGUCGCCCAGCGACUAAUCAAGAAGUUCAAGAGCUGCAAGCUCACUCAAAUACCCCGGGAACAAAACUCGCAAGCUGAUGCCCUGGCUAAUCUGGGGUCCGCCCUCGAAACUAGUAGUCAGAUGAGUAUCCCCUUGCGCGUGAUUCAAUGGCCAGCCACCCUGGAGGAACCUCUGUCAGAAGAGGUCUCCGCCGUUGAAGAAGGCGAAACAUGGAUGACCCCCCUAGUCCAGUACCUGGAAGCUGGCAUCCUCCCGGAAGAUCGCAACGAGGCCAGGAAAAUCAAGAAGCGAGCCACAAGGUACUGUUUCUCCCAGGAGAAGUUGUACCGAAGAUCCUUCUCUGGCCCGUAUAUGAGGGCGCCGGGGCAGAAGGUCUUACUUCUAAUAGUCACUGACUACUUCUCCAAGUGGGUCGAAGCAGAAGCGGUCAGCUGCAUAACAGAUCUCCAGACCCGCAAAUUCCUGUGGACCAACGUAAUAACUCACUUCGGGGCCCCCCACGAAAUCGUCACCGAUAAUGGACCCCAGGUCACGAGCCACAACUUCAAGGAAUUCUGCAAGGACUGGGGAACAAAACUAACUUUCGCCACACCCCGACACCCCCAGUCUAACGGAAAAGCUGAGUCCACAAACAAAACCAUGGUCAACAUGCUUAAAAAGCGACUGGAGGGCUCUCACGGGAAAUGGACGGAAGAACUACACGAAGUUCUCUGGGCCUACCGGACCACUCCCAAAACAGGAACAUGGGAAACUCCUUAUUCGCUGGUCUACGACUCUGCGGCCAUUGUACCUACAGAGAUGCACGUAAGAACAACGGUCUCCGGACCCACCUCUCAGGAGGAGAACAAUGAGCUAAUGGCGCUAAGCCUCGACCUACUCGACGAAAAAAGAGAGGCCGCUCGGCUAAGAAACUGGUCCUACCAGCAAGACGUCCCCAUGACGUACAACAAGAAAACGUGGAAAGCAACGAAGCCUGGCACUUGGGCCAUAACACCCACACCAUCACCCUCUAAGCAUGUCAGUGACUUCAUGCAGAAGUAG